AAUACAUCUGGUCAAACUCCCUCUGCUCGUUCUGAUUUCUCAGCGGAAUUAAAUGUUUCAACAUUUCAAUGGUCAUUUGGAAACCUUUUAAUUCAAUUAUGGGGUUUAGUUCUUAGCGGACAUACUGCAACAUUAGUUGAUUGUUGCUUUUGGUAA